AUGGUCAAUCGUCAUCUAUGGUUCGACGAAGAAACCCAAUACCCUGACACUAUGCUUAGCAUCGUUAACUACAGCUUUACAGACCCUCUAAUUGAGUUUGUCAAGUCCGCGACGUUCCGUUUGCGGGCUGAAGAAGGUUAUUGGUUGGAACUGACGGAUACGGAUAAUCAGAUAAUCACAAAGCAAUUGGAGGAACUCAGAGGCCAUCUAAUCCACAAAGCCGAGCAAGGAAUGAAGGUCUAUCGGUUUUUUGAAAGCCAGCUGGAAGAAUACGGUAUCGCAAUUCUAGCUACGGUACUAUUGUAUCAGCUAGGGGGCCUUCAGGAAAUAGAACUCGCCUGCUCUAUCAAUGCAAACAGCAGCAGGUUUAUGCUAACCACCAUGCACCACUUUGAUCCCCCAUUUCGGCUUCGAAGACUAGGUACGACGAGACUAGCCGAUUUUGCUGUUGCAAAUUAUUUUCUUUUGGAACGCUUCCCGCGCAUCGGAGCCCCAAAAGUUGGUAUUGAUUCUCGAUUUGAAAGCACGAAAGGUGCCCCAAAAAUCAGACCAGUACCUAAGUUUUCCAGUGACAUGGACACAGAUGAAACAGUUGAUAGCUCUGCGGAUGGAUUACCUGAAUAA